UGCUGUGCUUACUCUUGUCAUUGUUAUUCAUGAACAGCAGUUCUAGCUAUCCACAGUGUUGUUUUGGGAUAAAAACUGCUUUCAGGUUGGUUUGUUCAGUUUCAGCUCCCCUCUUCUGGAAGGUUGUGCUGUGAAGACUGACAUAUCACUGUACCAAGCACAUUAAAUGGCAGCUGUUUGUUUUUUUUUUUUUUUUUUCCUGUGCCUAGAUAAGGCUCUUGUAUCACAGGGAGCUGUUUGUUGCUGUGAAACAACCUAAUUUGUGACCCAUCAGAGUAGCAGCCUGACGUGUGAAACUUUUUACAUCAUUCAGAUUGUUCAUUACAUUUUGUGAUGCUUGGUGCCUGGAAAAGAACAGUUUACCAGUGUUCUUUAUUGAAAACAAUUUGUAAGGACUUAUGAGACCCUGGUGCCAACACUAGGAAAAAUAAACUUAUAUAUGAAAUUAUAAAUAAUUUUAAAUUGACGUGGUUUUUUUCUGUUUUGAGGAAAGAGGGCUCCAACUGUAUGAAAUAUGUCUCCUGACUAGAUCUUUAUCACAUGAGAAAGCUCUGAUUACUGAAGUGGCUUUAGUGAUCCCCAUUUUAGUUUUUCAGAAGAAAAAUGUGUACCAUCUGGGAAGAGUUCUUUCUUCUGUUGAUUUGUUUUGUUUGGUUGGUUUUUUAUAUAGAUUCAGCAACCUACUUUUUUGCAGGUUUUCUUCUGUGUUUUGCAAGUGCUGUGGGGUCUAGAAAGCUGGAAUUGUUUCCUUAUCAUUUAGAGAUCUUAAAACUAGCUGUUUAUUUACAGCAGUAGCUUUAAGACUAGGGAAACUUCGCCAGAAGAUUUGAUUUGCUGCCUAGGAAAAAAUAAUGAAAGGGGGUUGUUCCUGGAACAGUAAAAGUGGUGAAAUGGGGUUUGGUUUACCAUGAGCUCCUGCUGAAGCUCUGCAGGCAGCUGUAGCUGUUUGCCAUGUGGUCUCUAGAGAACAAUGGGUCUGUGAUGCUGCUUUUCCCUCACUUGGGGUUUUUGCAAGGAAGGGAUGGGCCCCGGCUGAAACAGCUCAGAAUUUGUGAUGGAUAUUCUACUGUCAGAUCUGACUGAAGAGUGGGAUUUCUGUGUUGUCUGUCAGGUUUUAGUGAUGCUUGUAAGUAGUAACUGUGGGACAUCCUGAAGUCUUGUUACAUCCAUGCUGAGAGCACUUAAAAUCCUGAACAGCAGCAGGAGAUACAUCCUGAGCCUUCAGAGAGGCGGCUUUGAAGAUGACAGCAGUUAGUGUGAAGAAUGUGGGGCAUAUUCUGAUUUUGGCGACUGCGAUGUCAGUGGAUUGCCUGGGACAGCGCGCUGUUCUCUCGGGCCGCCGUUUCCUCUACAUUGUCAACCUGGAUGCACCAAACGAGGGUCACCGGAAGAUCUCCCGGCAGAGCAAGUGGGACAUUGGGGCGGUGCAGUGGAACCCCCACGACAGCUACGCCUACUACUUUGCAGCUUCGAGCAAUCAGCGUGUUGACCUGUAUAAGUGGAAGGAAGGAAAUGGGGAAGUUUGCACAUCUCUGCAAGGACACACACGUGUGAUCAGUGACCUGGACUGGGCAGUGUUUGAGCCAGACCUACUGGUCACCAGUUCUGUGGACACAUACAUCUACAUCUGGGACAUCAAAGACACCAGGAAGCCCACGGUCUCACUCUCUGCAGUUGCUGGAGCUUCCCAGGUGAAGUGGAACAAGAAAAAUGCCAACUGUUUAGCAACAAGCCACGAUGGGGAUGUCCGAAUAUGGGACAAAAGGAAACCCAGCACUGCAGUGGAGUAUUUGGCAGCUCAUCUCUCCAAAAUCCACGGUCUGGACUGGCAUCCUGACAAUGAGUAUACACUGGCCACUUCCAGCCAGGACAACUCUGUCAGGUUCUGGGAUUACCGUCAGCCUCGGAAAUACCUCAAUAUCCUUCCCUGCCAGGUUCCCGUCUGGAAGGCAAGAUACACGCCUUUCAGCAAUGGACUGGUGACAGUGAUGGUUCCCCAACUCCGUCGGGAAAACAGUCUCCUCCUCUGGAAUGUCUUUGACCUGAACACGCCUGUCCACACUUUCGUAGGACAUGAUGAUGUGGUGCUGGAGUUCCAGUGGAGGAAGCAGAAAGAAGGCUGUAAGGAUUACCAGCUGGUUACGUGGUCCCGGGAUCAGACCCUGCGCAUGUGGCGGAUUGACUCUCAGUUGCAGAGGCUCUGUGCUAAUGAUAUCCUGGAUGGAGUUGAGGACCUCAUUGAUGGGAUUUCUCAUCUGCCAGAGCCAGACAAGACCCUUCACCCCCAGGACACGGAGCCCCAGCAUAACUCUGGACAUGGGGAUGAGGAAGCCUUAAAAGAAGAUUUCCUGAAUGACCCCCUGGUGGGAAAGAAAACGGACCAACUGGGGCUGCCUCAAACACUGCAGCAGGAGUUUUCACUGAUCAAUGUGCAGAUCCGAAAUGUCAAUGUGGAGAUGGAUGCAGUGAGUCGCAGCUGUACGGUAUCGGUGCACUGUGGCAACCACAGAGUCAGGAUGCUGGUGAUGUUCCCUGUCCAGUAUCCCAAUAAUGCUGCACCGUCCUUCCAGUUCAUCAACCCAACCUCCAUCACAGCUUCCAUGAAGGCAAAGCUGCUGAAGAUACUGAAAGACACUUCCCUGCAGAAAGUGAAGCGGAACCAGAGCUGCCUGGAGCCUUGCCUGCGUCAGCUGGUCUCCUGGCUGGAGUCUGUCGUGAACCAAGAGGACAGCACGUCCAGCAAUCCCUACGCUCUGUCCAACUCCGUAACACCCCCCUUGCCCACGUUCGCCCGGGUCUCCAAUGCCUAUGGCUCCUACCAGGACUCCAACAUUCCCUUUCCGCGGACCUCUGGAGCCAGAUUCUGUGGUGCAGGGUACCUGGUGUACUUCACGAGACCCAUGACCAUGCACCGCGCCGUGUCCCCGAUGGAGCCCACACCCAGGUCUCUGUCAGCUUUAUCAGCGUACCACAGUGGCCUCAUUACUCCAAUGAAGAUCCGCACGGAGACUCCGGGCAACCUGCGCUUGUACAGUGGGAGCCCAACACGCAGUGAGAAGGAGCAGGUCUCCAUUAGCUCCUUCUACUACAAAGAAAGGAAAUCAAGGAGGUGGAAAAGCAAACGAGAGGGGACAGAUGCCAACAACCGACCCAUCAAAGCUGCUGGGAAAGUUAUUAUCCAAGAUAUUUCCUGUUUGCUGCCUGUCCACAAGCUGCUGGGGGAGCUCUACAUACUGAACGUGAAUAACAUCCAGGAGACUUGCCAGAAGAAUGCUGCCUCAGCCUUGGCUGUGGGGCGGAGGGAUCUCGUACAGGUUUGGUCACUGGCCAUGGUAGCCACUGAUCUCUGUCUUGGACCGAAGUCUGACCCAGAUUUAGAGAUACCUUGGGCACAACAUCCAUUUGGACGUCAAUUACUGGAGUCCUUGCUGGCUCAUUACUCACAGCUCCAUGAUGUACAGACCCUGGCCAUGCUCUGCAGUGUGUUUGAAGCCCAGUCCAGGCUCCAGGGGUGCCCCAACUCUUGUGUCCCCUUUCCUCAGCGUGCCUCCAACCUGGCCUCUCACAGCCGAUACCCCAGCUUUACUUCCUCUGGCUCCUGUUCCAGCAUGUCAGAUCCUGGGAUUGGCACUGGAGGCUGGAGCAUAGCAAACAAAGACACAGAGCAGACCUCCACUCCCUGGUGCGAGUCUUCUCCAGAUGACUUCCGCUACGGAAACCUAACGUAUCCUGAUCCCCGGGAGAGGGAGAAGGACCAGCAUGAGAAAAACAAAAGGCUGCUGGAUCCUGCUAACACUCAGCAAUUUGAUGAUUUUAAGAAGUGCUAUGGAGAAAUCCUUUAUCGCUGGGGUCUGCGAGAGAAGCGGGCCGAGGUUCUGAAGUUUGUCUCAUGUCCUCCUGAUCCCCACAAGGGAAUUGAGUUCGGCGUGUACUGCAGCCACUGCCGCAGCGAGGUGCGCGGCACCCAGUGCGCCAUCUGCAAGGGCUUCACCUUCCAGUGCGCCAUCUGCCACGUGGCCGUGCGCGGCUCCUCCAACUUCUGCCUGACCUGCGGACACGGGGGCCACACCAGCCACAUGAUGGAGUGGUUUCGCACCCAGGAGGUCUGUCCCACGGGCUGUGGGUGCCACUGCCUGCUCGAGAGCACCUUCUGAGCAGUGGGGACAGCGAGCCGCCCGGGAACUGAUUGAGUAUUUAAUUCCCAAGCCAUGUUGAGUCAGCUCUGCUCCGCUCUGUCUGGAGGAGAUCGCCGCAAGGAGCUGAAGCAGGACGUCCUGGUAAUGUGCUGUGGUGAUGUUUACAAGUGCUUCCAUUACUCCUAUGCUUCCCAGGAUGCUUUUCAGACCAAUUUGACCAAAUUCCCUGCGUCCAUUGCUGGCAAUGGAUGCUAGACCAGAAAAAUUGCUCUCUCCUGUAGAAGGGUUUGUGAAUAUUGGUUAGUUUGGGAUGAAGAGGUUUUUGAAAGCUCCCGUGGAAAGGGCCCACCUGGCAGAGCCAAACUCACUUCAGCAAUGUAGAGUCUUUUGUCUUUUCCAGGUGCCUCCUUACAUGGGCUCAAACUGAGCAAAGCAGUCGUUUUACACAAUUAAAGCAGAAAUAAUUCUCAAGCAACAGUAAGCUCUGAAGGUGAGUUGUGAGUGGCGCUUGAAGAGGAAAUAGUCCAUGGAACUGUGCUCAGAGUUUCCCUGGAAGCAGCAGGGUCCUUGUUUUGAAUGGCUGUUUACAUCGCUUAGAUAUCCCCACAAAGCAAGAAAAGGAAAUGGCGUUUUUCAGGAUUACAUUUAAAUAAUUUCUGCUCUCGUCAGUACCUAUGAAAAGCCCAGACAUGCACCCAAGGUCCCUGGGAUUAGUGACUUCCAGCAUUUUUAGUACUGUUAGGCUUUGAGUUGUCUCCAUGUCCUGCUCUGACCAGGUGAUAAAAUGCACUUUAACUUGUCCCUGUCUUGGUAGUGACACUUCCUGGUCACUGGGAAAGGCAUCUGCCUUUUGAGUUUAGGACCCACACUGUCUUUUAGAUGUGUUCUGGAAAGCCUUUGCUCCCUCACUGGGAGCACACACAGAGGACACUUAGUAUAUCUACUUUUGGCUGUUGUUUCCAAGCACUAUGGGGGAAAUUAGGGUUAAUUUGAGAUUUGCUGCUGCUGGAGUGACCAGGCUCUUGAACAGGGAGGCAGCAGUUUGGUGGAAUCCAUAGAGGCAAAAGGUUUAUGACUUUUCUUACUGUGGAGCAUCAACUGGAGAAUGUACUGAUGGCUCUGUCUCUUUGGGGCUGUGCCUGCAGGGCACUCCCAGCACGGGGAUGCUGCUGUGCAGUGUGUGCACACCUGGAAUGUGCAGCCUGUGCCUCUCCAGGGCUGGCUUCAGCCUGAGCUUUGGAUUUAGGUGAAUGUGUGGUCAGGGAUGAGCCAGCUGGAGCUACCCCCACCUGUACAAGCACUGAUCCCUUCUCCCACGCUCGCCUGCUGAGUGGGGUCAUGUGCCAUGCCCCUUCCCAACCCCUGUGCUAGCUCAGGCAGUGGGAUCCUGUUGUGGAAUAAACAGAUUAUGUAUCUUAAAACAUUAAAAUUAUUUUUUUAAGUGCUGUUCUGAUAGAA